AUGGACCCUCCGAAAUCAUUUCCGAUACUCCGUCUACCGUUUCUAGCUAUUGAAGAAAUAUUCAAAGCGAUGCACCCAAUCGAAAUAUUGAUCUUCUCGAUAAUUUCCAAACGAGCAAAAGCAGUAACAAAGCAGAUGACCUUUUAUUCAAAAUAUUCAAUUGAACUUUGUAUAGAUGAAAAAAUGGGAAUAGAAAUUCGUCGAACUAAUAAUUUGAUUUUACGUCUUUAUCUAAUAGCAUCAGGCAAAGAAGUGGAGGAAAACACUGUGGAAGGUGUAGGUAAUAGUUACAAUUUACGGAGAAUAUUCAAGUAUUCGACGGAUCCAGUAGAGGAAUGGAAACUGUUGUGUAUAUAUGUAUUGGAAAUAUUCAAGAAGCAAACAAUCGGCGUUUUAAGAAUGACUAUGGAUGCAUUCGUAGAUCAAAACGUUUCGAUUAUUGAUUUUUUGAAUACUAAUGUGAAAUCAGUAGACAAAUGUUAUCUGCUUCAGUCGGAAGAAGAGAAUGACGUAGAUGAACACACCUCAUAUCUCCUAAAAAAUAUCAAAGUUAACAAUGAGUUAAGCUCUUUUCUUCACAUUAAGAACAAGAACUUCGAUGAGACAAUGCCAAAAAAUCUGAAGCAAUUAUUUAUUCAAAAUGCAGAAUGGAUUGGAUAUGAUAGACUUCUGGAGAUAGAUAGUAGGCAUGUAUUCUUGAUGAAUGAUCGAAUCACGAAUGAAGAGUGGAAUAUGUUCCUUAAGAAAUGGAUGACAAUGGAGACUCAUUUGAAUCUGGAAUUAUUGGAGUUUGAAUUAAAAUCAUUCAAAGAUUUCAGAGAACUCGUAUUGGAUGAUAUUCCGCAUGAAGUGGUAGACGAAGGAGUCAAACGAACCUUGAUAACCUAUCGGGAUAAAAAAAUGGAGAGAAGCGGAGGUUUCGACAUCAAACGAAUCGAUGGCAAGACGGCAACAUGCUUCGUGCAAUAUACUGGUUUUGAGAUGAUUGUUCACUGA